UUCUUCUUCCACCUAGCUGUCAAAACGGGCCUGUAACUUGACCUGAUAUCUUUACGGCCCUUGAACCUAUCAAAAUUCCACAAUAAUACGUGAAUUUUCCGAAUUGACUUUUAAUUACUUUUAAAUGGUUGAUUAUAAAUAACUGAAUAAUACAUGCAACAUUAGGGUUACCAAGUAAUUAUCUUUAUGAGCUUUCUAGACUCCAUGACGGUUUUAUGUGUUUGCAGAAAGUGAAGUAGUAAAAAAUGUUAGUUUUUAAACUAUUGAAACAUCCUUUAGCGCGCGGGAUGGUUACGUAUUCCGUCUUAUGGCCCACAGCUAAUUUAGUGCAGCAAAGUUUGGAUGGACGAAGAUAUGAUACUGUCAGACUUACUUCAACUUUGCUUCAAUUUAGUAUGGAUCCAAGUUUCAGCCGAUAUGCAUGUUGGUGCCCGGUGACCCACGGGGUUUUCCGCUGUUUCCAGUUUGUGGUCCGGUGGUUUUUAUAGAGCAGUGACUCCCACAUUCUCCAGACGGUGCCGGAGGAUGAGGAAUACAAACGCGUGCUCUAAUUUUGUCUUUGCGGUGGCGUUAAUCGAAUCAGGACAGGUGCAGUAUGAUCCGACUACAGCGCGAUGGCGAGUAACCCGGAAACACCCAGAAUGGGUACAUAAAACACGGGUAUGUGAUGAGUAGCUUGACGACAUUCGGUAGUACAAGCAACAGGCACAAUAAUCAUCGAAACCACACCAUAUCCUAUUCCUUCUUCACAAGUCCUUAGACUCCUCCCACUCAUUCAUAAGUCUGCGCACUGGCAACUCGAAAUACAGUAUAAAAGGAAGUUGUGGAAGAGUCUCAAGUGCCACUUUCUUUACAAGUGAUGCCUUCGGCCAUUGCGGAUGUGUAAUCGUUUAGUCAGUCAGAUGUACCAGUCCGUGUUGUUGGACAACUUCCCACGACAAGUGCAGUGCCAUCGGUGGUUCCGGUUGCCAUUCCACGUGCCUUCCGUCCUCCCAGAUUGCCGGUCCGUGUUGUUCGACAACUUCCGACAACAAGUGCAGUGCCAUCGGUGGAUUCAGUGGUCGGUCAGCGCGAGUCAACAAAGAAUGCCAGUCCGUGUUGUUGAACAGCUCAAGGUAACGGAUGCAGUGUCAGCGCUGGUCUCGAAUGCCGGUGAUAAUAAUCAUCAUCGGUCAACAUUACCUGGUGUUCCUGCACCAUUCCGUCCGUUAGGCCAGCAACAUGGACAGCAACCGUCAACUAGUACUGCUGCGCCAUCAGUGGUACCGGUUGCUGAUGCUCUACCGCAUGAAUCAGGUAUGAAGAUCGGUAGACAACAGGCAUUGACGGGAUCUGCAGUACCAUCGAUUGCAUCGCUUGCCGAAGAUCAUGCUCCGAAGAAUCUGCGUGGUAUGAUGACCGCUGUUGUAAGACAACAUUUACCCACCAGUGCUUCUGCAUCGGUGAUAGCGGCUGCAAUAAUGAUGAUCACCGACGAUGAACACCAGGCUGCAGCAGGAGCAAAUCAAGCAGUCCUUUCAAUUACUUCUACAGAGUAUUAUGGAAGCUGCUGCCUUCGUUGUCGGAUGCUGUUGAUGAAAAUAGAUGCACACAGCGCACAGAUAAUGGUGAUUUAA